UACAAAUGAGUAACUCUUCAUUUAUAACUGAUUGCAAAUUAUAAUUCUGUUUUGAAGUGAAAUUAAUAUUUUCGCUUAAUAUAAAAGCCAAGACUAGGCUGCUAGAGUAGAGUAGAGAGAUAGAUUACAAUAAAAGUUUCAUGCCAGCAGAAUUUUACUAGACAACUGCAACAUUGAUAAUUAUAUUAGAAGAAAACCGACCUAACCCGGAUGCUGUAGUUGCAAACGUUUAAAUAGCAAUUAGCAGUAGCAGGAAAGAAGCAUUGUUAGUUAGUCAGUGGUCUGAAACAGUUAAUUAGCUCGUUGGUUUUGCUAGCAAACUGAUACUACUUUAUAGUUUAUCACUCACCUCUGCCUGUCUGCCUGCCAGUUGAGUCCCGUCCACAACAACGGAUCAUCUAUUAUUCUCUAAAGUUUAGGGUUUGGUUUAAUUUUUUCUCAAUCAAAGUAAUAACGAGAAUGGCUGAUAUUCAGAAACACGAGAUUCACGAAGCUUAUCUCGAUGUGAGGAACGACAAUUCGCCGACGACAUGGGCCCUCCUCUCGUACGAUAACAAUGCCAUCAUCCUGAACUCAACUGGCAGCGACUACGAAGAGUUUUUGUCCAACUUUAAUGAGCAAGAACGUUUUUUCGGCUACGUGAGAUUUUCCGCUGGCGACGAAAUGAGCAAGAGAGUGAAAUUUGUACUUAUCACAUGGAUUGGUAGUGAAGUUGGUGCCCUGAAAAAGGCAAGAGUCAGUACGGAUAAGGCAUUUGUCAAAUCCAUCUGUAAGAGUUACGCCAUCGAGAUUCAGACGAGCGAGCGUUCGGAACUGGAGCUGGAUCACAUUAAGAAGGCCCUAGACAAAGUGGGCGGAGCUAACUACGGAGUCGGGGUCAGAGAUGAUAAUUAAUAAUAAUAAUAAUAAAAAUAAUUAAUAAAUCUAAUUUACUACUAGUUUUAAAAAUUCUAAUUGGUUUCGUUCUCACUACUAUGAAAAUGUCUUUAGGGUAAUGUUGUUAAGUAUUUAUUCUAUGAAUUACCUUGAUUGUGUUUUGCUUUAAGUAAUUUAAAUGAAUUCAGUAGACAAUACACGAUGGUUUUUUUUUUACAAAUAUAUACACAUUUGUGGCUUUUGUUACAAUAAAUUAUUGUAAAGAUGA